GUGUGUGCGCAUGCGCAGGCGGGGUGACCGGCGUGCCCCGCGCGCCCCGCCCCCGCGAUGACGCCGUGCGUGCGCGCGCCCGGUCCGCGCCCCCGCCGGUUUUUAUAGCGGCCGCGGGCGGUGCUGGCGGCGGUUGGUGGCUGCGGGGCCGGCGAGGAGGAGACAUCAUGGCGGCUACACUGUUCGUGCUGCUGAGUUUGGCGCUGCUGGGCGCCCACGGAGCCUCAGGGGCUGCCGGCACAGUCUCCACUUCCGUAGAAAACAUUGGCUCGAAGACACUCCUCACCUGCUCCUUGAACGACAGCUCCACAGAGGUCACCGGGCACCGCUGGCUGAAAGGCGGCGCGGUGCUGAAGGAGGACACACUGCCCGGCCAGAAAACGGACUUCGAGGUGGACUCCGACGACCUCUGGGGAGAGUACUCCUGUGUCUUCCUCCCCGAGCCCACGGGCAGGGCCGACAUCCAGCUCGACGGCACCCCCAGAGUGAAGGCUGUGAAGUCGUCAGAACAUGUCAGCGAGGGGGAGAUGGCCGUGCUGGCCUGCAAGUCAGAGUCCCUGCCCCCCGUCACCGACUGGGUCUGGUACAAGAUAACUGACUCUGGGGACCAGGUCAUCGUGAACGGCUCCCAGGGCAGGUUCUUCGUGAGUUCCUCGCAGGGCCGGUCGGAGCUACACAUCGAGAACCUGAACAUGGAGGCCGACCCCGGCAAGUACGCGUGCAAUGGCACCAGCUCCAAGGGCACCGACCAGGCCGUGAUCACCCUCCGCGUGCGCAGCCACCUGGCCGCCCUCUGGCCCUUCCUGGGCAUCGUGGCUGAGGUGCUGGUGCUGGUCACCAUCAUCUUCAUCUAUGAGAAGCGCCGGAAGCCCGAGGACGUCCUGGAUGAUGACGACGCGGGCUCUGCUCCCCUGAAGAGCAGCGGGCAGCACCUGAACGACAAAGGCAAGAAAGUCCGACAGAGGAACUCCUCCUAGCCAGGUGGCCCGAGGACGCUCCCCGCCCCCGCGUCUGCGUCGCCGCUGGAGUCCACUCCCAGUGCUUGCAAGAUUCCAAGUUCUCGCCUCUUAAAGAAAACCCACCCCAUAGAUUCCCAUCAUACGCUUUCGUCUUUUUUAAAAAAGUAGGGUUUUCUUUCUACAUUCAGGAUUCUGUUCCUUAGGUUUUUUCCUUUGUGAGUAUUUCUCGAGAGCCCGGGAGCUGCCGCGCCGCGGCCCGCCUGUGGCUUUCCGCCUCUGGGUCUGAGUCAUGGCGGGUGGGCGGCGCAGCCUUCUCCCUGGCUGCGGAAGGUCACAGGUCACACGAGGGGCCCGCGUCCUGCCUGUCUGAAGCCAAUGCUGUCUGGUUGCGCCAUUUUUGCGCUUUCAUGUUUAAUUUUAUGAAGGCCACAGGUCUGUGUUUGACUCAGCCUCAGGGACGACUCCGACUUCUUGGCCACAGAGGACUCACCUGCCCACACUGAGGGCAACCCCGUCACGGCCUCAAGUCUCCCCCAAGCCCCUUCCUUGCCUGUGCAUCCGGGGGAAGCUCUUGAGAGGGUUUGCUGGGGAACUGGCGCCGUCGCUGGGACUCCAGAGCCGUGGACGCCCCUCCCCAGCUCGCCCCUCGAGGACGGCCCACUCUCCACAGCACCAGGACUCAGUGGGAGCCCCUGUCCCACCCACCGCCACAAUAAAGAUUGCCCCCACCCCCACC